CCCCCCCACCGACGGCGUUUGAAUGAGGCGUCGGGGAGGCGCUUUCACAAAAUGGCGUCCGCCUUGGAGCAGUUUGUCAACAGCGUGAGGCAGCUCUCCUCCCAGGGACAAAUGACUCAGCUGUGUGACCUCAUUAACAAGAGUGGAGAGCUGCUGGCUAAAAACCUCUCUCACUUGGAUACAGUGCUAGGUGCGUUGGAUGUACAGGAACAUUCUCUGGGAGUCUUGGCAGUAUUGUAUGUGAAAUUUUCUAUGCCCAGUAUCCCUGAUUUUGAGACAUUAUUCUCCCAAGUUCAGCUUUUCAUUAGCACUUGUAAUGGUGAACAUAUCAGAUAUGCAACAGAUACCUUUGCAGGUCUUUGUCAUCAGUUGACAAAUGCUUUAGUAGAAAGAAAACAGCCAUUGCGGGGCAUUAGCAUUCUGAAACAGGCCAUAGACAAGAUGCAGAUGAAUACAAACCAACUUACCUCAGUUCAUGCUGAUCUCUGCCAGCUUUGCCUCCUAGCGAAAUGCUUUAACCCUGCUAUUCCCUACCUGGAAGUGGAUAUGACUGAUAUUUGUAAAGAAAAUGGAGCUUAUGACGCCAAGCACUUUUUAUGUUAUUACUAUUAUGGUGGUAUGAUCUAUACAGGCCUCAAGAACUUUGAGCGGGCACUAUAUUUCUACGAACAGGCUAUAACAACUCCAGCCAUGGCGGUCAGUCAUAUUAUGUUGGAAUCUUAUAAAAAGUACAUUCUUGUCUCCUUGAUUCUGCAUGGAAAGGUUCAGCAGCUGCCCAAGUACACCUCACAGAUAGUGGGAAGAUUCAUUAAGCCUCUUAGUAAUGCCUAUCAUGAAUUAGCACAAGUGUAUGCAACAAAUAACCCUGCAGAACUUCGAAAUGUUGUGAACAAACACAAUGAAACAUUCACAAGAGAUAAUAACAUGGGACUGGUCAAACAAUGCUUAUCUUCUCUUUAUAAAAAGAACAUUCAAAGAUUAACAAAGACGUUCUUGACGUUGUCCUUGCAAGACAUGGCUAGUAGAGUACAAUUAUCAGGUGCUCAGGAAGCGGAGAAGUAUGUACUUCACAUGAUAGAUGAUGGGGAAAUUUACGCUAGUAUUAAUCAGAAGGAUGGUAUGGUUAGUUUCCAUGACAACCCAGAGAAAUACAAUAACCCAGCUAUGCUUCUCAACAUUGACCACGAGAUGCAAAAAUGUAUAGAAUUAGAUGAAAAGCUGAAAGCAAUGGAUCAGGAAAUUACUGUUAAUCCACAGUUUGUACAGAAGAGCAUGGGAACACAGGAGGAUGAUGUAGGAAGCAAGGCAUCAAGUUAUUCGUAAAAGAAAUUGUGAAGACAGUGGGCAAGAGCAACAGCAACAAAAAGAUACAAAUGAAGAAGGUGGAUCAGCAGGAUGGAAACCGAGGGAAUGGAUUUAGUUGCAUGAACAUCAGGAGAGCUGUUUUGAUGAGAGAUUCCCUCUGUUAAUGCUUUCAGAACUGUUUUUCUUGGCAAAAGAAUCUAUGGGUAGGAAUAAAUCUAUCGCUGUUUUAUAUAUCAUUGUUUCAUGGUUAACGCCAGAGCUGUGUUAAAUAAAAUUGAUCUCUGUUUCUCCA